AUGUACGUGCGCGCUUUAUACAAUUAUACUUCGGAAGAUCCCACCAGCUUGAGCUUUAGCCAGGGCGAUGUGAUCACGGUGAUCACACAACUGGAAAGUGGGUGGUGGGAUGGCAUAGUUCACAACCAGCGAGGAUGGUUCCCCAGCAACUAUUGCGAACUCAUCUCUCCUCACGAGGUGACGCAAAACGGUAGCACUCAAUCACCGCUGGAAGACAGCGAUGAAUAUGAAGACGACUCUUACGAUGACGAUGAAUACGAGGAGGAGGACGACGACGACUCAGAGCGUGGGAUGCCGUCGCCGAUUCUGCCGCUUGAAGGUACGGAUGAUAGAGAGAACGACGAGGCUGCGUUUUGGAUACCUCAAGCGACGCCGGAUGGAAGGUUAUAUUAUUUCAAUACAAACACAGGAGUAAUGAGGACCGAUCUGCCGCUGGAGGCACCAACUUCGACAACAGAGUCAGGUCCUCGAGAUAGAUCAACUUUCUCUGCCCCCGAUCAGACUCGGCCACCGCCUGAGCUUCUGGAAAGGGCCUACGGAAGAGACGAAUCAGGUAAUCAGAAUUUCGGAGAAGAGGAAGAAGGCGAUUCGGCUUCCGAUGUUGGAGAAGGUGAAAUGUUGGUUUUGUCAAUGCACAGCCCUGGACCCUCGCGAGACAACGGUGAACGUGAAUCGCAGGCCACACUGGUAGACAGCACCGCAUUAGUCGACUCCGGGAACCUCCAAAAUGGCUUUAGGCUUGGACAUUCCCCCUCAUUCUCAACAUCCACUACAGCUACCGCCGUCAAUGUUAGCAAUGGUGUCACUAACGGCCAUUCCAUCACAUCUCCGGUCGUUGACACAAGAUUCGACAAUACCGUUACCAUAUAUUACGAGGAUGGCAUAAGUAUACCAACAUCGUGGGAUGAACUGAUAGAGUCUACUCGGCUUACAGUUGAGAGAUAUCGGAAAGCGAUCAAUACCUUUGACCGCUCAAAUUAUGUUACUCGGGCAGAAGACAUAUCCGAUAUGCUUCGAUUGUUGAUCACGGCGGGCUCGGGAACCACCGAUAACCAUUCUGGGCAGCCGUCAAUAAUUAUGCGAAACACUACUCUAAAUCCCCAUUUCAGACAUUUCAUGGCCGCAUUCUCAAAACUCGUCCUAUCUUCACAUGUAGCAGCAACAGAUUGUCCUCCACCAGAUGCUGAAUCUAAAUGUUUGGCGGAGGCCGAUGAGGUGAUGGUUGGUGUCUUUGGUUUUGCAGAUAUUGCUAAAGCACAGAGAGAAGGAAAACUUCCCCGGCUGAAACCAGGUUUUAUUCACGGAAGUCAGUAUGGAAUCAACUGGCGAUCUGGAACUUUAUCAGCGGCUAGUCAAGGGGCAACAACCUCUCCGCUGGAAAUUGAGCUGGUAAACAAGAUGGAAGAGUUGACUUCUCUUGUGAAACCCGCCUUAAGACGACUUGAGAAUUCGUUGGAACCCCCAUCAGAAUCCGUGAUUACAGAAUAUGGACAGGGUCUCACCAGCUCAAACCUUAUCAACAUAGCCUCAACUGCAUUUGACAUCAUGCGGAGGUACUUUUAUGUUAUUGAUACCAUCAACUUGUCAGCUUUGACGGCAUCCCCGAACCACCCCACUCUAUUGGAUUUUUCAAGUCAGAGACAGCGAUUGCACGACUCCUUUGCGGAUCUGUUUAUGGCUUGCCAGGCAGUCUCUGCCCCAUUGGCUGAUGAAUGGACGGCAUGUCGUGGGGAUCCUUUAGAAGACAGAUUAAAUGCAGUCCGGCUAUAUAUAAAGGAGGUGGAUAGUGGAAUGAGUGCCCUGAACUUUUCAAUACAGCUGCUUGUUGAGGAGAGAGAUAGCCGGGAACCUAGGGAGAUCACGACGGAGGAUCUCACGCGUAAGGACUCUGUAUAUCCCGGUAUGCAAGGCCGUCCAACGCACCAACGCUCGUCAUCACGUCACCAGAAUACUUCGAGAGCCCCGUCGGUGAUGGAUAGACCGCUUCCUCAAGGCGGAAAAUCAAAAAUCACGAAAAUAUUCGGUGAAGAGCCUCCUCCAGAAACACCGUGGUACCUUGGAUGCGAUCAUGAUAGUGAGAUCGUAUACGGCGCAAAGGGUAAGGUGAAGGGUGGCUCAUUGGUAGCUCUGGUUGAGCGCGCCUCUCGUCAUGAUAUGCUAGAUUCCAACCUGAUCAGUACCUUCUUACUCACCUAUCCCUCAUUUACGACUGCGUCCGAGCUCUUCAACCAACUUGUCCGAAGAUUUACGGUUCAACCUCCUUCUGGGCUGUCAGCAACCGAUUUCGAGAUAUGGACUGAGAAGAAACAAAAGCUUAUUCGUGUACGAGUUUUGAGUAUUAUGAAAAUGUGGCUGGAGCAGAAUUGGAUGGAGGGGCUAGAUGAUGCAGCAAAAGAACUUUUGAGGAAGAUGCACACGUUUGCCAAGGAUGUCAUGCUGCCGCAGUUAUCAGGGGCCAACCAAGUUCUAUCACUCAUUGAUACACGAUUACGUGGUCAGGAGCCCGAGAUGAAGCGCAUGGUUCUGAAUAUGGUUUCUCAGCCACCCCCACCAAUUCUACCAAAGCACAUGAAAAAGCUCAAGUUUUUGGACAUUGAUGCUUUGGAAUUUGCUCGUCAAUUGACCAUCAUUGAAUCCAAAUCAUAUGGAAAGUUAAAGGCAGCUGAAUGCCUGAGCAAGGGGUGGAGUAAGCCGCCGAAUGGUGGACCGGAUCCCGCCGAGAAUAUCAGAGCUAUCAUCAUGCAGUCCAACAGACUUACGAACUGGGUUGCGGAAAUGAUUUUAACCCAGAACGAAGUCCGAAAGCGGGUGAUUGUGAUUAAGCAUUUUAUCGCCGUGGCUGAGAAAUGUCGGCAAUUGAAUAACUUCUCGACUCUCACUGCCAUUCUUGCAGCUCUACAGACAUCUUCUAUUCAUCGUUUGAAGAGGACAUGGGAACAUGUACCAACCAGGACUAAUGCUAUUUUGGAAGGAAUGAAUACUUUGAUGGGAGCGACCAUGAACUUUGCUGAGUAUCGAGAGAUGCUUCACAUUGUCAAUCCUCCUUGUGUUCCGUUCUUGGGUGUUUACUUGAAGGAUCUCACCUUCGUUGCCGACGGAAACGAGGAUUUCAUCAAGGGAGAUAAAGGCUUCAUCAACUUCGACAAGCGCGUCAAGACCGCCAACAUCGUGCGUGAAAUUCAGCAGUAUCAAUCAGUACCAUAUCCAUUGCAGCCGGUACCGGAACUUCAGGAAUACAUCAUCACAAACAUGCAAAGUGCCCGAGAUGUCAAUGACAUGUACAACUUGUCAUUAUCUUUGGAGCCAAGAGAGAGAGAGGACGAGAAAAUUGCGAGAUUACUACAAGAAUCCGGUUUCUUGUAA